UAAGAAAAUUCUUAGAGAUAUCUUCAUAUAUAAAUAACACGAAGUUGUAUAAUUCCGAAAACGACAACUUCAACGAUUUUCAGUCAACAUCACUUUUUGCUUUGUAUUUUAGGCUUUUGAAAUUUGAUUCAGUAUAUUCGCAAGGAAAAAUUUGUCUUAAUCUUUUAUUUUUACCAUUUAUUUGCGACAAUGUUUUCCAAUUAAAAAGCUAAUUGUAAAAGAAAAAAAAAAAAAAAGAAACGAUAAGAAAAAUAGAAAAAUAUAUGAGCAAAAUGAAUCUUGAUUAUGACAUAAACAAAAAGGUUUUGAAUUUGGAGAGCUUGGGUAGAAAGAUUUGUUCGGAUUUACGAAAUCUUCAAAAGGAACGAAUUAUACUUUCUCGAGAAGCCAAAUCCCUUUUACGUGAAUUUGAACGAGAAGAAACACAACGAGAUCAUAAUAAAAAUAAGAAAGAUAAUAAUAAACCUUGUAGUUGUGCAAUUUGGGAAAAUGAUAUAAGAAAAGAGGAUAAAAAUGAGGCCGAAGGACCUACGAAAUUGAUCACGCAAGAUGAAAUAUUCUAUAAAAAUUUCUGCAAUGAAUGUUGUCAACAUUGCGUUCCAAGACAUGAUAGCAAUAUGAUAUUACAAAAUUACAGGUACAACGAUUCAUUUAUCAACUAUAUUUUCUCUUCUUUUUUUUUUUUUUUUUUUUUUUUUAUAAAAUUCAAUGAUACUCUCCUCUUAAUUGUUUUCAGAUACGAUGAACCAUUUUACUGUGAUCAUGCUUUAAAAAAUAUCGAUUACUUUUGCAUCGGUGAUAAUGUUAUGAUUAAAGACGAUGCCAAUGGUGAUAAUAAUUUUAAUGAUACCGAUGAGUUAGAUAAAUAUAACGAAACACGUACAAUUAAUCCUUCGUAUUUCUAUGACUUAUGCGUAUUUUGCGAUGACGAUAAUAUGGAAGAUACGCAUGUGUUGUCGACUAAUCAUAAAAUUAGUGAGUCGAAAAAAACUGAUAUGAAAGAAUUAAUAGAAAGACAGAGAGGUGGAGGAGAAAAUUCGAAUUCAGAAUCAACGAUCGAUAAAUUAUCAAGUCAAUCGAUUUGUACUUGCGAGUGUGAUUUAUGUACUCUUCGAAACAAAUAUGGCGAGAGACCUCCUUGCUCUAAAGAAAGCAAUGAAAUCGAUCGUUCUUUCGAUAUUGAUAAUGAAGAUAAUGUGUCAAUAAAUCAAGCGACCUGUUUGGAAUUGCCAGAAAUUAGUCAAGUAACGAUAACUCGAGUUUUUCGAGGGGAAAAAAAAAACAAAAAAAAAUGAAAAUAAGAAAUUUACAAUAAAUUUCUAUUCUCUUUUCUCUUAGUAUAGCAUCAUUUCUUAUAUUUCGUUUUGUAGUAUUGUAAGAUCGACAAGUUACGAGAAGCAUUGGAAAGAUUGAAAAAUCGCAAUCACACAUUGAGGAAAUUAUUAAAAAGUCAGGAAUGUUUUCUGAAAAAUCCAAAAUGUACAUAUUGUUCAUUUCUUCUUAAAGAGUACGACGAUAUCGAUUGUGAAAAGAAAUCCCAAAAUCAUCGAGAUAAUAAAAAGAUUACGAACGAUCUCGUCGCAAUGGUGAAAAUUCUUCAAAGUAAAUGUCGAAUUAAAGACGGAAUGAUCGUUGCUUUGGCAGACGAAUUGAAAGGAUCUGAUAAAUACGAAAGAAUCCAAAGGAUUCUUCAGAAAUUGGCCGAUAAUAAUCUCGAUUGUCAGAUCAUUGAUUUCGAUCGUUCAACAUUAUGGAAAUAUUUGGAAUGAAAAAAGUAAACGAGAUUGGAAGACAAAACCGAACUGUGCCCAUGCUAAUAAUCAUCGUUAGAUCAACUAUGGAAAAUCUUUAAUGAAAAAAAAUUUGUUGUACAAAAUACAAAACUUCAUUUACAAUUACAUCUUAAUUCAGAAUUUAUUAAUCCGCGUUGAUAAGAUAAUGAUAACAAUUAUAAUA